ACUCUUUGUUCGGUACUUCUGCUGCCUCUCCAGGAUUGGUCCAACAUAACCCCGCCGACCUCCAGCUACAUUACCUACCUACGACUAUCAGUCCGCUUUCCACUGUCGCCUUGCGAGGCUCGCCUAUUCGCCAUCGGAGACUAUCACGUUGCUGCAACACCAUCCCGUGGUCAUUCAGCAAAUAUGCCGGUACAGUUUGCUGCGAAGAGGCUGGGGAAGGAACUGAACAAGAUACAGAAUGGCCUCCCACCUGGUAUUGAGCUCGUCUCCGCAGACAACUUGGAAGAGUGGCUUCUAGACAUACGAGUUCUCGACAACAAUCCGCUUUACCUCAACGAGACAUAUCGACUAAAGUUCCGAUUCAGCCAGUCAUACCCCAUCGAGCCUCCCGAAGUGGUAUUUGUCAAGCAAGCCGACCGGCCGAUUCCGAUCCACCCGCACAUCUAUUCCAACGGAAUCAUCUGUCUCGACCUACUUGGCCAACAGGGUUGGAGCCCCGUGCAAAGCGUGGAAAGCGUAUGCAUGAGCCUACAAAGCAUGUUGACCGGGAACACCAAGAAUGAACGACCUCCCGGCGAUGAGGAAUUUGUUCGCGGCAACAAGCAACGCCCCAAGGAUAUCGAGUUCUACUAUCACGACAACACCGUCUAGAGGAAGGGUGGGGGUCGGCCGCAGGAAAUUGUGCGGAAACUGCCUUGGGAUUUGUCAAGGCGUUACUUUUUCGGUACAAAGCGCCUCCAGCGUUUGAUCUGGAAG